AUAUUGGUGAAUAUGCGGUUGCCACGUGUACAAAGAACCUCGUGGUCGUUUUUAAGGUUGAUGAAGAAACGAAGUGACGAUUAGAACGGAAAACCCAAUAUCAAAUGCAGUAUGGCGUUGAGAGGGGCUGCCGUUGCUGGUGCCUGUGUUGUAAGACAAAGAACCACCCCCAUCUCUCCUUUAAUUUUCUCAAAAUUUCAGAGUACGACUCCAUCAUUCCCCUUCACAUCCUCUUCAAGAUUCACAUCUUAUCCUAACUGCAAAACUGGAUUUAAAUAUCAGAUUCGGGCAAUACAGGAGGCAACUGCAGAUACUACAACAUCCCCGAAAGGAAAAGGAGAUGAUGAACAGCAAUCCCCUCAAAAUUGGAAGAUUAAAAUGCUUUAUGAUGGAGAUUGUCCGCUUUGCAUGCGUGAGGUUGAUAUGCUAAGGGAGAGGAACAAGCAAUAUGGCACUAUCAAGUUUAUUGACAUAAGUUCUGAUGAUUAUUCUGCCGAAGAAAAUCAAGGAUUGGACUACAAAACUGUUAUGGGAAGAAUUCAUGCCAUUCUCUCUGAUGGAACUGUUGUCACAGAUGUCGAGGCAUUUAGAAAAUUGUAUGAGCAAGUUGGUCUUGGAUGGGUUUAUGCCAUUACCAAAUAUGAACCUAUUGCAACAAUUGCUGAUUCCAUCUAUGGUGUUUGGGCUAAAUAUCGUCUUCAAAUUACUGGCCGGCCUCCGUUAGAAGAGAUCUUGGAGACACGAAGAAAGAACAAGGCUGACGUGUGUAAUGACAACACCACUUGCAAGAUGUGAAGUAUCCUAUGAAUUGCUGAUGAAAGGUCUUAAUGUAACUAAUUUCAUACAUAUCUUUUUCAAACUUUAUCCUUAUAUGACCUCACACUCUUAACUUCCAACACACAUACUAUUGUCCUUUUGCAAAUGGUCACAUUCAGUACAAAUGUAAAUUUUCAAUCUUCUGCAUAUUGUUAAUGUAAUUGGAAUAUUCGAUUACUCUAUAAUAAAUUCUUGCAUUUAUACAAGGUUAUUCCAUUUUGCAGCAAAUUUCCUCAGGUAUUUGUUAGUAAAGUUCAGGUACAUGAAACCAACCUCUCUCCCUUUCAUUUUCCCUCCCAAUCCCAUUCCUUCUUAUCAAGCAUAAUUUAAGUUUCUGAAAGCAAACUUCAGAGCCUUAGAUCAGAUGAUCACCUGGUAGUCUCUAUUACAGCCAGAUUACUUGUAGUUGUAGAGUGAAUAUUUCAUUUAGCUACAAAAGCUCUGAACAAAAGCCAGAAUCCAGUUAGUUACCUCACUUUCCAGCGCUUCGAAGGAGUUGCAGAAAACCCAAUCAUUUUCAUCCAGAGUUCUAAGUUUGUCCAAGGUCAGUACUGGUAAAGAAGCAGAGUGAAUUGUAGUCGGAAAAGUCAAGAGAAGGCAGGCCACGCAUUGGGGCUGCUAAGGUUUCUUGUUUCACAGGCAAAGUCAAGCGCCCUUGAUGGAUUUGCAAUAAAAGGAGAGCACCAUAGCUGAGUUUGUUGACAUUAUAGCUGCAUAGACGCCGAGUUCUUUAGCUACAUCAGGAGCCCAAGACAGUAAUGAAUCAUAGACAAUGGAACUACCUGGUGUCCUUCAGGUGUUGAAUUUCACUAUCAGCUCUACCAAAGUUCUAGGCCCAACUAUUUUGAAGGACUCCAAGUAGGCUUCUAAACUUGGAGCUUGCUUGAAGUCUCCUUCAUCAAAGCCAUCAGAGAUUGGUUCGAUGGCGAUAGUGCUGUUUGCUUGGUAUAAAUAUUUAGAAUGUUAAUAUAAGUUAUAUUUUUUAAUGUUUUAAAAUAAAUUUAAUUGGAACAAGCUUAAAUGAACCUAAGUAGUACAACCAGGCCUUGAACA